AUGGAUGAUCAGACGGAGGGAGCUCAUCAGUCAUCCUCAAGCUCGACACCGUUUCUUGCUAGCACACAUUCAUCGGCUUCUGUUCAAUAUUCACAGAAACCAGUCGCAAUAAUCGGCAUCUCUUGCCGUCUACCUGGGCGUAUUAUGACGCCUACGAACUUAUGGGACUUCAUGAUGUCCUCAAAUGUUGCAUCUAAUGAACCGCCUGCCACACGAUUCCAUCUGGCUGGUCAUUACGAUGCAUCUCACAAGCCCUAUACCAUGAAAACGCCCGGUGCCAUGUUUAUGGAAGAGGUGAACCCGGCCGACUUUGAUGCCGGAUUCUUUGGAGUCAACCAUAUGGACGCUAGCUCUAUGGAUCCUCAACAAAGGCAGUUGAUGGAGGUUGCUUAUGAGUGUCUCGAAAGCGCGGGGAUUCCGGUUGAGAGCCUAGCAGGAGCAAGAGUUGGCUGUAUCAUCGGUGCCAACACAGUUGAUUACUACGACAUGACUUGCAGAGAUCCAGAGGAUAGAACGGAAUCGCCAACCAUGGGAUCCAAUCGAGCGCUGCUAAGCAAUCGAAUCAGCCAUUUCCUCAAUGUACAUGGACCAAGCAUAUCUCUUGACACAGCGUGCUCGUCUACCCUUGUUGCUCUGGACAUGGCGUGUCUUUACCUGACGACGAAUCAAUGUGACUUCGUACUUGUUGGUGGUGCCAACAUGUACUUAUCUCCAGAGCGUAAUGAAGAUAUGGGUGCCAUGCGCCCUACUGCUUCCCCUACAGGUCGGUGCCAUACAUUCGAUAGUAAGGCAGACGGUUACGUGGCUGCGGAAGCUAUAAACUGCGUAUUGUUGAGACGCCUUGACGACGCUGUCAUCGCCAAAGAUCCAAUCAGGGCUGUGAUUAGAGGAACUUCGACGAAUAGCGCUGGGCGAACGCCGGGAAUUGCCAUGCCAAGUGCCACUGCCCAAGCGGCUGCCAUCCGUGCUGCGUACCAUAAUGCUGGGAUCCCCGAAAUUGAUUACUCUGAGACGGGUUUCUUGGAAUGUCACGGCACAGGAACCUUAGUGGGAGACCCAAUCGAAAUCACUGGUGCAGCCUCAGUGUUUGCCGCCGGCAGGGACCAACAUAACCUACUUGUGAUUGGAAGUGUGAAGUCGAAUAUUGGUCACUCGGAAGGCGCCGCUGGACUCUCUGGAUUAAUCAAAACAGUUCUAGCAAUUGAAAAUGGUAUUAUUCCUGGCACUGCUACAUUUCUAGAACCAAAUCCAAGAAUCGAUUUUGAAGCUUCUAAGGUUCGAGCGAGCAGAACGGCAGUUCGCUGGCCCAGCAACAGCAAGAAGAGAGCCAGCAUCAAUUCGUUUGGUUUCGGAGGUGCCAAUGCACAUGCAAUCGUCGAAAGUCCCCAAUACUUGUUGCCAGGCCGUCUCACAACGUACAAAUCUUCUUAUAAAAAUGGGGACAGGAUGUGGGAUGACUUCUUCGAGUUUGAAGAACCAGGAGCUUCUCCCACCCCUGGGGUAUUGACCCACACAAAGCCACAGAUCGUCGUUUUGUCUGCAAAUGACGAAGAAUCCCUGAAAGCUUCCAUCGAGGCUCUGGUCUCUCAUCUUCUUUACCCAUCUGUGAGCAUCCAGCUCAAUGAUCUGGCAUACACGUUGUCGGAGCGUCGCAGUCAACUAUAUUAUCGCGCCUACAGUAUUCAGCAUGUCUCGUCAAAACUCAGUACUACAGUUUCUCAAGAAACCUUCACUGUCUGCAAACGCUCCACUAGCAAGCCCACUUUGAUCGGGUUUGUAUUCACCGGACAGGGAGCACAGUGGCCCCAAAUGGGCAAAGACUUACUAGAAUCAUUCCCAAUAGCUAUGAAGAUGGUCCAGGAGCUUGAUAUUGCAAUACAGACAAUGGAACAACCUCCUCCGUGGUCUCUUGUCGAGGAAUUGAUAGUGCCACGCUCGGCUGCAGCCUUUCGGGAGCCGGAAUUUUCUCAACCUCUGGUCACUGCUUUACAACUUGCAUAUCUCGCAGUGCUUUCGCAAUGGGGUAUCAAAGCCAAAGCAGCAGUCGGUCAUUCCUCUGGUGAAAUUGUAGCCGCCUACUAUUGUGGAUACAUUACGGCGUCGGAAGCAAUAAAGAUUGCUUACCUCCGUGGCCAAGCUGUGAAAAAUGUGCCACCACAAGCUCCCCUGGGGAUGUUGGCUGUGGGCGCUGGCGCCGACGACGUCAUGACCUAUCUUCAGGAUUACGGUUACCUGGUGCAAAUUGCAUGUUUCAACAGCCCCAGGAGUGUUACUCUGUCUGGCACUGUUGAAGCACUGGAACAAGUGAAGAUGAGACUAGAGACAUCUAGUGUCUUUGCACGCAUGCUGUUAGUCAACGCAGCCUAUCACUCUACACACAUGUUGGAUGUCGGAGUAAAGUACAGAGAGUUGUUAGAAAAUGCGACUCAAAAGCCUGGUUCAGCGGCUCGACCACAUACUGAUCAGGCAAUAAUGUAUUCUUCCGUCACUGGAGAGAGGAUGAACGAACCAGCAGAUGUCACUUAUUGGCAUCAAAACAUGGUAUCACCGGUUCGCUUCCAGCAGGCGACAUCAGCUAUGUUGUCCUCUCAAGUGGAUGGAGAGGAUGCAAUCAAUUUCCUCCUCGAGAUUGGACCAUCGAACGCUUUGUCGGGACCGAUUUCGCAGAUAUACGAUCAACUCUCUUCCAAAUUGGUGGUACUCCCAGUUUAUUCUUCUGUAGCAAAGCGUGGACAGCAGUCUCUUCAAAGUCUUUUCGACACAGCGGGUCAAUUGUUCGGAGCUGGGUAUGCGGUGAGCUUCAGCGAUGUCAAUGAGUACAACCAGGCGCAGACCGAGGAGCCAAGCAUAAUUGUGGACCUACCGAAUUAUGCGUGGAACCAUUCAAAGAAAUACUGGCACGAAUCUCUUGCGUCAAAGGACUGGCGGUACCGUCCCUUCAUCCGCCAUGACCUACUGGGGACCAAAAUCUUGGGAACUUCCUGGAAUUCUCCGAUCUUUCGCAACAGGCUCCGUCUAAAGGAUAAUCCAUGGCUGCGGGAUCACAAAUUGGGAGAGCAAGUGGUGUUCCCCGGCGCUGCUUAUGUUGCCAUGGCUCUAGAGGCGAUGUAUCAACAUAGUUACAUGGUCACAUGGACCUCCGGCGCUAAUGUUCCUAAAAGGUUCCAGUAUCAUCUGAAAGAUAUCAAGUUUGCUAGAGCUUUAGUACUGGAUGAUUUGGACGAUUAUAGCAUGAUCUCCCUUUCUUUAUCUGCGGUGCCUGGAUCCAUCGGCUCCUGGCACGCAUUUCAAGUCUCGUCGCUAAGGGCACAAGUGGACUUGAAGAGUGAAGACGUAUGGAGAACACAUGCUACAGGCCUUAUACGCAUCGAAACGGGCUUUAUUAAUUCUGUGGCGGCACCGGAAUCUAUCGCCCCUCUUAAGCAUUCGAUUCCCGCCAAGUUGUGGUACAAAUCCAUGCGAGAUUCUGGCUUCAACUUUGGGCCUAGCUUCCAAAAGCACCUGGCAAUGGAAUACACGGCCGGUCAUAAGACAGGUCGCAGUACUGUGGAUCUCUCACCACCAUUGAGCAUUUUCCGACAAAGCGAAUAUCUUCUUCAUCCAGCAUGCAUAGAUGGAUGCUUCCAAACGGUGACCAGCUCGAUUUGGCAGGGCGAUCGCAGUGCGGUGAAUGCAGCACUUGUCCCCUUCCAGAUCGAUUCGCUGACCAUUCCCCACCGCUCUGUGGUCGAGAAACCUAAAGUUGGCAUUUCGAACGCGAUCUCUCAGUAUGGCGGAACAGGGCGGCGCGAUAUUAUGAAACACUAUACUAGUUCUUGUCAGGUUUACCAUCCAGGCACCGGCACACUCAUUCUUGAUAUGAAGGGAUUACGCUAUACGGAGCUAGACUCAACGAAAGAAAGCACUUUGGGCCAUACAUACGCGCAACUUACUUGGGAUGUCGAUAUCGACAUGCUGUCACAGACGACUUUUGAAAAUGUUGAAUCACCCAAUACACUAGCCGCAGCACAAAAGAUUAUGUCACUAGCCGCGCAUAAGAAUCCAAAUCUCAAUGUUCUUGAGAUCAAUCUAAAUCCAACGGACAUCUCCAGUCUAUGGUUACGUCAUCACGAUCAUUGUCGUAUGACCUUUUCGCAGUAUCGGUUUCUCUCCGACAAUGCUCAUUGUGUGGUUGCUGCCCGCGAGGCGCACGCUAACCUCAUAACGCCCAAGGUCGAUUUUGUUAUGCUUGAUUUGACCAAGCCUUUUACUGAGUUCGUUAACAAGUUCGACUUUGUAAUUAUCAAGACUACGCCUGGGAGAGUAUCCCAGGAGCUGGGGUUAGUCCUGGUGAACGUCCAAGCUUGGUUAUCCGAUAAUGGUGGCCAGGCGUUCAUUGUCUCAAUGACCGGAAACAUAGGCUCGCUAACAGCAGAUAUCAUUGGUGCGAGCUUUUCCAAAUUGCUUUUCUCGGAUGCUCUUGUGCUGGCGUACCAGCAGAAAGCCAUCAAGGCAAUGAAGAGCCAUGAACCACGUGAGGUUCACGUGGUCAAGUUCGACUCCGAGAUAAAUACCACAAAUGCCGAAAAUGUCAUCAGAGAAGCCCUCUCCUGUGAUCUCAUCGCCAAUACAAAUCCGUUUGCACUACCUGUCGAAAGCAAGAUACUGGUUCUAGAUGAGAUUAAUGGUGAGGUCUUGUCUAAAAUGACCAAGCGACAAUGGAACAUCCUCCAUCAGCUCAUUUCGUUAUCUUGUUCCAUUCUCUGGGUUACAACCGGGGCACAGGGGCUUUCGGUCACGCAGCCUUCUAAAGCACUUAUCAACGGCCUUUUCAGGGUAAUCCGAAAUGAGGAGCCAUUGCUUAAUCUCAUCAACCUCGAUAUCGAACAUGCUUCCACUGUUGACCCAGCCACAAUCUCAUCAAUUGUCACCUGCCUUGAGCUAUUGCAAAAGGACAGGCCCAAGUCUAGGUUUGAAUCAGAGUUCUCAUGUCGCCAAGGCUUGAUUUAUAUCAGCAGGGUCGUGCCUGACCUUGCUCUCAACUUGGCAAGGGACGAAGAGUUUCUCGGGCGCGCGCCAGAGAUUAUGGAUCUUCAUGACUCACCAUUCAUGAUCCACCUGCGUGCAGAAAGGAUUGGCAACAUAGAUUCGUUGCAAUACAGUGCUGUUGCGCCUGAACGACCUGUGCUCCGGGAGAACGAGGUUGAAAUCCAGGUUUUCGCAAGUGGCGUGAACUUCAAAGAGGUCGCGGUCACCAUUGGCAUCAUUCCAGAGAAUGAGUUCCUCCUGGGUGGGGAGGGUGCCGGUAUCGUCACCCGUAUAGCUGCCGACGUCACGAAAUUUGUCCCUGGGCAGAGAGUGGCAUUUUUCGAGAAGGGCUCCUUUGCGAACAGAGUCAUAACCAAGACUGAAGCUGUCAUCGGCAUUGAGGAUCCAAUGUCCUAUGAGGAAGCUGCCACUAUUCCUUGUGUAUUCAUGACAAGUUAUUAUUCGUUGAUUCAUUUGGCCAACGUGAGGAAGGGUAACACUGUACUUAUCCACUCGGCCGCGGGUGGCGUAGGCAUUUCAGCCAUUCAGUUGUGUCAACAUUUAGGCGCUACGGUGUACGCCACUGUAGGUACACCCGAGAAACGCGAAUUCCUUCGGGAGAGGUUUAGCAUACCAGAUGACCGCAUCUUCUCCAGCCGCACGCCAGCUUUUGGUGCCCAAAUUCUCGAGUAUACGUCCGGAAAAGGCGUGGAUGUUAUACUGAAUUCUUUGACUGGCAACUUGCUCGAUGAAUCUUGGCGCAUUGUUGCUGACGGCGGAAUCAUGGUCGAGAUUGGAAAGAGGGAUAUUCUGGACCGCAAAUCGUUGAGCAUGGAGCCUUUCAACCGCAAUGCCUCAUUCCGUGCACUAGAUCUGAGUCACAAGGAAAUUAGUGAUGACAUGAUUGCUAGUCUAUUGGAGGAUGUCUUCAAGCUUAUGGCUGUUGGUUCUUUGAAACCGAUAUCACCGAUCCAAGUCUUUCCAUUCAGCGACAUACCUUCCGCAUUCCGUCUCAUGCGCUCGGGAAAGCAUAUCGGUAAGUUGGUGAUCUCAGAUGGAGCCUCUCCCACAGCUCGUAUUCAGGUGCCAGUGCGUCCUAUGGCGCGGUCAGUGAGGCUACGCCCAGAUAGGUGUUAUUUGAUCGUCGGCGGGCUGCGGGGCCUUUGUUCUAGCCUCAUGAUGUACCUGGCGAAGAUGGGGGCGAGGCACCUAGCAGUCAUGAGCAGAAGCGGUGAGGGCAAGAGUUCCCAGAAAACUAUCGAAGAUAUCACGGCAUUGGGGUGUGAAGUGCAACUUUUCAAGGGUGAUGUUUCCAAUGAAGAUGCAGUGAGGCAUAUUCUGGCAAGCACGAAAGUGCCCGUUGGUGGCAUCGUCCAGGGAGCAAUGCUCCUGCGUGACCGUACGUUCGCUUCGAUGACCGUGGAAGAAUACCACGAUGCCAUUACUUGUAAACUGCAAGGAACCUGGAAUCUGCAUAACGUUUCACUCGACUUAGGCUUGUCACUUGAUUUCUUUACACUGCUAUCUUCUAUCUCGGGUCUCUAUGGCUCUAAAGGCCAAGCAAACUAUGCAGCAGCUAAUGCCUUCCUGGACGCUUUUGCUCUCUACCGUUCAGAAACCCUCGGGCAGCCUACUACUUCAGUUGAUCUCGGAGUAAUCGAAGAUGUGGGUUAUAUGGCGGAGCACAAGGAACUACAAAGUCGUUAUGAUCCCAAAGUAUGGUACCCUAUCAACGAGAGACUUUUGAAGAAGGUCUUUGGAUUCAGCAUCUUACAGCAGGAUAAGCUUCAAGUCCCAAAUCCCUCAAGUGCGGCCCAUAUGAUUACGGGUUUCCAGAUUCCACAAGUGGAGUCCUCGUUCCUGUCGUCCGACGCGCGCUUCUCGCCCUUAUUUUCUGGGGCCUCCUCAGAUUCCAAUACAGCCGCGAAAAACGAGGGCAGUAAACGUAGCAUCCAAGCUAUCUUGGUCAUGGCAAAGUCAAACGUAGAACGGCGGGCCAUACUUGACGCGACAGUGAACAUCCUCAACAAGUAUUUGGUGAAGAGUCUGCGAUUGGCUCAGGACCUGAAUACCACCCGGCCACUGAGCACCUAUGGUAUAGAUUCGCUCGCGGCCGUUGAAUUCAGAAACUUCGUGAAGAGCGAGUUCGGGGUGGAGUUGACAACACUCGAAGUUGUCAACGCAUCAAGUUUAACAGCGUUAUGCGAGAAGCUUGUCGAAAGGAUCUUAGUUGGCCAGAAUAAUACCUCAGAGCAUUCAUGA